GGCUCUGUGUGUGACGAGGCUGUGCAGAGUCGCACACGGCGCUUUAGUGGCUCCAUCUCUCACGGUCCUUCAGACUACAGUGGUUUUCUGGGCUCCAACUCUCGGGCCUCGUCCAGGGCCAGCUCUGCCCGUGCCAGCCCGGUGGUGGAGGAGAGAUCAGACAGGGACUUCCUGGAAAAGGGUUCCAGGACUGCCUCUACCCUCUCAGCAGCCACUCUAGCAUCGCUGGGAGGGCCCUCCUCUCGCAGAGGCAGCUGUGACACCUCUAUCUCAGUAGAGACAGAGGCCUCCAUUCGAGAGAUAAAGGACUCCCUGGUGGAGUCUGAGGAGAAGUACCGUAAGGCCAUGGUGUCCAACGCCCAGCUACACAACGAGAAGUCCAACCUCAUGUACCAGGUGGACACGCUGAAGGACUCGCUCAUUGAGCUGGAGGAGCAGCUGUACGAGUCUAAACGAGAGUACAACGACAAGGCCAAGGAGUUUGAGAGGGAGAGGCACGCCCACAGUGUUCUGCAGCGCCAGUUUAACGAGAUGAGAGAGACGCUGAAACAGAGUGAAGAACUGUUAACCGAGGUGGGCCAGCUGCGUCUCAAACAGGUCAGCUGUGUUAGGGAGAUCUCCGACCUGCAGGAGACCCUCGGAUGGAAGGAGAAAAAGAUUGGGGCCUUAGAGAGACAGAGGGAAUUCUCAGACGCCGGCGUGCGGGAUGAGCGGGAUAAGCUCAGGGAUCAGGUGGUCCACCUCAAAGACACUCUGAAGAAACAUGGGAUAGUGCUGUCACCUGACGUAACCACCAAUGGGGAUGCAGGACAGAUGAUUGACGGGCCUCGCAGUGCAGACUCUACCUCCCGAUUGGCUCAGGAGUCCCAGCCAUCCCAUGGUGGGGAGAGCAUGCUUGGCGAAGCACCAGAGAUGCAGUUUGACCAUGGCGAGGUGAGGACACCAGGGGGAGGCAGACUUCUACAUGAGGCUGACAACUACUCACAUGACCAGGAGAGGGCACUACUGGAGAUAGAAUCUUCGGACAAGUUGAACCAAGACAAGUUGAAUGACAGCCUGCAGCAACAAACAGACACUGAAGCAGAGCAGUCCAAGUACUGUGACCAAGAGACCCAGGUGGAUGUUGCUGUACCUGAAGAAGCCAUUUUGGUGCAUUUUGGUGACAAAGAGACUCAGAUUGAAUAUGAAGUAGAGAAACCCCAAUACUGCGACACAGAAACUCUGGUGGAACCUGCGGAACUUGAGGGAGCCAUUUUGGUUCAAAAGGAAUAUACAGAUGGUGACAGUGACAAUGGAGAGGGGUUGAAUCAAAGAGGAUUUGAACCAGAAUCCCAGGAACAGGCAGAGAAUGAGGAAAACAGUGGAGAAAGUAACAAGGAAGCUGUACCAGUAAGCGGUGCCACUGACGGACAAUGUGAGGAAAACCCAAACCUUGAGAAAGGACGGGAAAACACAGAGCUUCUCACAGCUGUGUCUACUGACUCUGAAGAACAGGACAUCUCUGGCCCAACUCUCUGUGAUGAGACAGAGGCAACUCUUAGUCGAAUCCAAAGUGACCUGCAAGGAGAGAACACCCAGGAGUAUGAUCCUGGGACUAAAGGUCAAGUCAUUCCAGAAAACUCAAGGAUCACGGAAUCUGAGAUGAUUAAGAUGAUUCUGAGGAUUUCUGUAUGUCUAGGGGAGGCAAAGACCAGCCCAAAUCAGAUCUCUCAGGGAUCAUUAAAGAAAACAGAAACAAUAGGGAUGGAGAUGAAGAAUCAUCCAGGGCAUCCUGCAGAGCAUCAGGCAGAAACUGGCCAAGUAACAUCUACUGGAACAUCUGCUAUCUCAUCUACAGUCUCUGUUGAACUGUUUAUCUCUGAAUGUCCUGACGAGGUUGGAAUUGGAACAGAUCCGCUCAUAAUAAACACUUUAAGUGAAUUUGAGAAAGACACACAGAAUUCUCUAGAACAUCAGCAGCAUCAGAAUUUCAGGACAGAAAGCUCUGUGGAAAUUGUGCCAAAGAUCACAGACUCUGACGGACAGAAAUUAUCUGAGAGGGUUGAAGAGCUGGAGUCGAGUUCAGUGGAGAGCAAGCCAGAUCAGAUUUGGCAGGAAUCUGUAUGUGGCAUGAAGGAAGAUGAACCAAAUACUAAAGUGCUUCAGGCAAAGGAGCCCCCAUCCACUAUCUCUGACAAAAUGGUAACACCUAUCAUAACAGAGGAGGGGAAGACUAGACUAGACCAACAGGUGAUCCCUGAUUUACCAGAGAGGCUAGAGACCAGCUUAGAAAAUACCUUACCAGGAGUUCAAGGUGAUCAGAAGAUGGAUGUAGCAGAAUCAAGGGAGAAACAAGGAUGUACCUGUAAAUGUACAUGUAAACAAUCCGAGAGUGAUCAAGUACUGACGGAAAACUCACUGGAUGUAGCUCUAACUCAGAGGAUCAGCGACUCUAGUGGCGAGGUUAUCUCAGACAGGACAGAGGCGGUAGAGCCCAGCCCAGACAGGAUCCAAUCAGAAUCACCCAGUCGUGUAGAGAGAGAAGAAUGGUGCAUCAUUGAGGAGAACAUCUAUGAGGAGAAUCUCCAGCAGGAAGCCAUUCAGGAGGAGCAACAGACAGAACAGCGGGAGGCUUCAACAAGUUCACCAGCAGGGGGAGACAAUGAGUUAAACGAUGGGGCCUCCGCUGGAUAUAUAGACAGUUGUGAAGAAGCCGUUCUAAUUGUGAAAGAGGAGGAAACCUAUCUAUCUGUAGAAGAAGAGCACAUCAGCUCCUCACCCGGACCCUCGGCACUUGGCCAAGAGAUACAGCCAUUACCAGAGGCGGUGGAGGAGGGAAGAGAGCGCCCCCCAGUGGAAGAAGCCCAGAAACAGGAGAGCGGUGUAAGAAAGGGACAAAGGGGCAAUAGGAAGGGCAAGGGCAAAGUUCCUUGCAAACAGUGUCUUUGUGAGACACAGAAAGUCAGACUGAGGAAAAUAGUUGAUGAGAGGGAGAGUUUAGCUGAUCAGGUGAAGAGGCUGAAGUCUCAGCUGGAGGGGAAACAGAGGAACGGGACAGAGGGUUUGAGUCCUGAGGAGGACGGACUUGAGAACGGCAUGGACCCCCACAUCCUCGACUUACAGAGGGAUGCCAACCGGCAAAUCAGUGACCUCAAGUUUAAACUGGUGAAAUCAGAACAGGAAGUCACAGCCCUGGAACAGAAUAUCAUCCGGUUGGAGGGUCAGGUGACUCGUUACAAGUCGGCCUCUGAGAGCGCAGAGAAAGUAGAGGACGAGCUCAAAGUGGAGAAACGCAAGCUACAGAGAGAGCUGAGGUCUGCCCUGGACAGGAUCGAUGAGCUGGAGGCCAGUAACAGCCACCUGGCCAAGCGCCUGGAGAAGAUGAAGGCUAAUCGGAGCGCCCUGUUGGCCCAGCAGUGAUGUACUUAUUGGUUGUCAUGGCAAUUUGCAUCCAUGACCUCCCUAUGACCUUUGAUCUAUCAGGCACUCUAUUAAAACACACCCAGACAAUUCAAACCAAGCGAGGACUUGCUGGAGCAAAAGCUUCAAUGAAACAUAUCCACACAUAUUGUAAUCACAGAUUCAUUCAGUGUUGUGCCCAUCUGUACAGUAUAUCCAGUGAUUCACCAAGAGACACAGAGGGAACGUGUUACUGACCCUGGGAACACUCCUCACUGACUGUGACCGAGGCAGGACUUCUCAACUAACUGGUGAAGGGGGAAUAUUCUGCACAAACGAACAGCAAAGAGGACCUAUCUCCUCCUAUAGCUCUUAAGAGGACCUAUCCUCCUCCAAUAGCUCUUCAGAUGACCUAUCCUCCUAUAGCUCUUACGUCGCCCUGUGCCAUGAUUACCCCUAAAGCAUUUCUUCCCAAUCAUUCAUCUCUCUCUGUAACACAUGGCACUAUCUCUCUGUGCUACUUGGGCUCCAUGUCUCUGCUCCAGUAAGUUUAUCCAUCCACGGAGAGGAAGAAAGACUCAAAAGGAGUGUGUUUCAUGUAUAUUAUUUUAUUGUCAAUAUAUUUUGAAGUGAAAAUGCAAUCUGCUCCCUCCUGUCCCCCAAGCCAAACUCUGAUGUUAAUGUGUACGGUGAUGUUUAUUUUGAUGUGUGUAUGUCUCCAUAGGUAUAUGUCAAGUACAUGGAAAUACACGGGGCACAACAUUAAUUACGCAAUAAGGCCCAAGGAGGUGUGGUAUAUGGCCAACAUACCACGGCGAAGAGCUAUUUGUUGGCCAUAUAUCACAAACCCCCGAGGUGCCUUAUUGCUAUUAUUAACGGGUUACCAAUGUAAUUAGAGCAGUAAAAAUACAUGUUUUGUCAUAACUGUGAUAUACAACGGCUGUCAGCCAAUCAGCUUUCAGGGCUCGAACCAACCAGUUUAUAAUCAGGAUUGUCCUUUACAUCUCAUUGUUUGUGCCACAUGAUGAACAGUAUAAUGGUACUUGAGGAGAAAUAUCACCAGGUCUUAACGUCUGAAAUACUAUGUCCUCCCUUGAGCAAUUUAAACGACUCAUUGGGGAACGACAACUCGAACUCAGUUGAAUAAUGUACUUCUACUGCAACAGUUUUGGAACCAUUCAAAUCGUCUGUCGCAGUAACACUUGCUGUAAAUGUUCGACAAUCUGACAAACCAGAUCUCAUGCAGAUAAAACAAAACAUCAGUUAUAUUCUGACAUAAAGAGAAUUUUUCCCUUAUUGUCCCGCUCCUCAGUCUCAAGCAUGUCAUGCCUUAUUGAGGGGGGGGGGGGGCAUUGUUGUUCACUUGUGCUUUGGACAUAACGUUUCCCUUGCUACCCCCUAUACAUUAGUUAAGCUCGGACAUCUACUUUUUGGGGAAGUUCCAGCUGUUUACAUGCUUUAAAACUAUUAUUUGUCCAUGAAUGAAGCUAAUUGUAAACAUUGUGCAAUAUUGGAAAUGUCUUUGGGAAGGUGAGGCUGUAUGGUCCUUGCUUUACUUGAGAAAUGUAAAUGAUGUUUGAGGUAGCGUUGACAAACACCACAUUAAACUAAUGCAAACUCUCUUCUAAAA